AUGGAAAGCGCUAGAAGGGCACUGGUAGAAGAGGGCUGCGCGGUAAUCAUUAACCCGUGGCGGCCCGAUCACGGCCCCGCCCCAGAGUGGCCUCCAGCAAGCCCAGCUGCGCUGGUGCUCACCGCUGCCACCUGCUGCAGGCGCCGGACAUGGCUGGUAAGGCACACCGACUGAGUGCUGAGGAGCGGGACCAGCUGCUGCCCAACCUGAGGGCUGUGGGGUGGAAUGAGCUAGAAGGCCGAGAUGCCAUCUUUAAGCAGUUCCACUUCAAAGACUUCAACAGGGCUUUUGGCUUCAUGACAAGAGUGGCGCUGCAGGCUGAGAAGUUGGACCACCACCCUGAGUGGUUUAAUGUGUACAACAAGGUCCACAUCACCUUGAGCACCCACGAGUGUGCAGGCCUAUCAGAACGGGACAUAAACCUAGCCAGCUUCAUCGAACAAGUAGCUGUGUCCAUGACAUAGACCUGCCCUAAUUUGCAUGCCUUGGGAAGGAGUGAUGGAACUGGAAACCCUGGGUCCCUGACACUUGCUGCCCCCUCUGUUUAGGAGUGAGUCCCUGUGUAGAAAGAUGCCAGCAUCACUGCCAGCAGCAGAGCUGAGGCCUCUUUUGGUGCCACUCUUCUCCUUGGAGCUGUAACACUAAAAUGAACAAACUCGCCCUUUCUCUGCAGGGUCCCAGCAGCAGUAACCUUCUUCCCAGACUACCUGGCUCCCUUUCUAGUUCAUUCCCCAAGCAGCUGUGAUAGUACAUGAAAUAAAGUCCUAUCUCAGACCUCAGGUCCUAAAUCAAGCCCCAUCCUGUGUUAUGGAAACACAUGAGCUUUUAUACCUUCAAUAAAACUAUGGUAUUACCUGGUU